AUGCGAUUAUCGAUUUACCAUGGGACAUGUACGACACUUUCGUCAUCGAGGAGAAACAUGGGUUUCAACAAACAAACCAUCGGUUUCUACUUCUGGGAUAGGUUGAAAAAGAUGGUACUGUUAGUGGUACUUAUGACUCCGGUGGUCCUUGUUGUCGAAUGGAUAGUUGAGAAUGGAGGCCCAUACUUCUUCGUAUAUGUGUGGAUUUUCGUGUCUGUAGUUAUGCUUAUAUUAAUGACAGUAUACCCGGCAUUCAUUGCGCCCUUAUUUGACAAGUACAUUCCUCUUCCUGAAGGAGAGUUGAAGGUGGCUAUAGAAAAACUAGCGGCUUCACAGAAGUUCCCUCUUACGAAGUUGUAUGUUGUCUACGGUUCGAAACGUUCCGCUCACAGUAACGCCUACAUGUAUGGUUUCUGGAACAGUAAACGAAUUGUACUUUAUGACACACUUCUAAGUGGAGAAGAGAAGGAAAAAGUGAUGGCGCAGUGUGCAGAAGCUGCAGCGGAAAUGACAGACAAGGAUAAGGCUCGUGGAAUGACUAACGAUGAAGUGGUUGGUGUGCUUGGGCAUGAACUCGGCCACUGGGCUCUUUGGCACUCCAUUAUCAAUUUAGUUAUUGCCGAAAUAAACAUAUUCUUUAUGCUAGCAGUGUUUGCCUAUUUCUACCGAUGGGAACUCCUAUACAAGGCAUUCGGAUUCCAUACGACACCAAUAAUUGUCGGUCUGAUCCUGGUAUUCCAGUUCGUUAUGGGACUUUACCAUCAGGUUACCGACGUGGCUAUGUCAAUUUACUCGCGCCGCUGUGAAUUUGCAGCUGAUGAAUAUUCAGUUAAACUGGGACAUGCUGAUGCCCUCAUCAGCGCCCUAGUGAAAUUGGGCAAGGAUAACCUUGUACCACCCAUCGACGACCCGCUUUAUUCUAUGUGCAACCACUCACAUCCACCGAUUUCGGAAAGGAUCGAGGCAAUCAAUAAGAAGAAAUGA